AUGAAUUUCGAACGUCAAUCCAGCAUAAGUACGUCUUAUACAUGGUACUGUGUUCCUUAUAAACAAAAUGGAAUUGUUUACUCGGAUUUAUUUACAAUAGAUAAAUUUCAUGAUGUUAAAUUCCGUAUAAAAGCACAUCGUGCUAAAUACGUGGACAAUCGUUCUGUUUUACAUAUUCAAGUUCAACAAAUAAGCCAAUUUAAAUAUGCUAAAGCAGACAUCACGAUAUCAAUUAAUGAGCUAUCAUUUACGUAUGAAACCUCAUGUUGGAUGGAUUAUACACGUGUUUUCUGUUUUUGUGAAUCCAACUCUAAUAAUUAUAAAUCGGAUAUUAAGUGUGACAUUACGUGGUACGGUUUUGUUGAGUCAGAAGUCGCUAAACGUCACAUGUUAUCGUUAGAUAGUUUAGUAUGGCUGACGCCACGAUACUUGUUUUCAUCUAUCAGAAGUGAUGUUAUUAUUCGGGUGGAAAAAAAGUUUAUUUAUGCACACAAAGUUAUAUUGUCCGAAUUUAGUCCCAUUAUGUGUGCAAUGAUAAAAAUGGAUAACACUAAGACUAUUAACCCAUGUGUACAAGAGAUUAGUAUUCACGAUGUCGAGUUUUAUAUAAUGACUGAUAUUUUGAGAUACAUGUACACUGGGAAAUUGACGCAUAAAAUUGAAAGCCAUCGGGUUGCCAAAGUUCUUGUUGCUGCUGAUAAAUAUCAGAUAGAAGUGUUGAAAAAAUAUUGCAUUGAUAAAUUAUCUCGUUGUGUCAGAGUUAACAAUGUUUUGUAUGUUUUGAAUACUACGAUUGGAUGCAAUGUGCCGGAAUUUCAUGAAAGAACUAUGAAGUUUUUAGUUGAAAAUAUAGAAUUUUUUGAUGUUAUGACUGUUAUGGAGAUGGCUAAAAAGUCCAAAUCGUAUUAUAAAUAUUUCAUCAAAGCAUUUGAAGAUAAGAAAAAUUAA